UGACAAUGACAUAACAAAUUCCUCCAUGAAAUUACAAAUUGUCAAGUCGCGAAUCGCGAUCUAUCUCUAGUGGAUAUUUUUGUGAGUGAAACAAUUUAUUCAUCCCAAGUCGAAAGCACCAUGUUUAAGAAAUUUGAUGAGAAGGAGAGCAUAUCUGGCGUGCAGCAGCUUAAGUCUUCAGUGCAGAAGGGCAUCAGAGCUCGUCUACUGGAACUGUAUCCCCAUCUAGAGAACUACAUAGAUCAGGUCCUGCCAAAGAAAGAUACAUUCAGGAUUGUUAAAUGUCACGACCACAUCGAGAUCAUGGUGAACAGCGCUGGAGAGCUGCUUUUCUUCAGGCACCGGGAGGGGCCGUGGAUGCCCACUUUAAGAUUGCUACAUAAAUACCCCUUUUUCCUGCCGAUGCAGCAAGUAGACAAAGGCGCGAUUCGCUUCGUCCUCAGCGGUGCCAACAUCAUGUGCCCUGGCCUCACGUCCCCUGGAGCCAGGAUGUCGCCGGUCGACAAGGGCCAGGUGGUAGCGGUCAUGGCGGAAGGGAAGGAACACGCGUUGGCUGUGGGGAUGACUUCUCUGUCCACUGAUGAUAUAGCCAAAGUCAACAAAGGCGUUGGUAUAGAAAACUGCCAUUACUUGAAUGACGGCCUGUGGCAGAUGAAACCAGUAAAGUAAGGGCCGUACCUUAGCUGUAUUAUUAUGUAAUUUAUUAUUAAGCCUAUAAUAAAAUAAUGU